GGGCAACUAAAAGCUCACUGACUAAAUCUCACCGCAAAUCCCUUUAGCUGCAAGCUGACAUGGCUUGACUGAUCUCUGCGGGAAGUUUCAGGAAAUGCAACAGGUGGAAGACCUGGGGUAGUUGACAGUGGACUUCUCGUAAGUGCUUCUACGCGUUGAAACAGGCACAGAAGUUACAAAUGUCAAAUGUAUUGAGGGACUAUUACAGCUGUCAGCGGUCACUAUGAACAGAUUUGACCCUCUGAAUGUUCACCCGAUGUUACCCAGCCCUCGCUUAGCGUCCCCGGCUAGCUGCAGUGUGUAACCGCUUGAAGGUGCCUGUGUGAAACAAAACGGAGAAACAACUGCACACGCCCAACUGCCGCAGGUCCAGAGGCACCAUGGAUGACAACAACCUCAGUGACUCCAAUGUAAAGGUCGCAGUUCGCGUAAGACCUAUGAACAGGAGGGAAAAAGACCUAAAAACAAAAUGUGUGGUGGAGAUGGAAGGCAACCAGACAGUUCUGCAUCCAGCCAUCACUAAUGUGAACAAAGGAGACCCCCGGAACCAACCAAAGGCAUUUGCCUAUGACUACUGUUUCUGGUCUAUGGAUGAAUCCCAAAAAGACAAGUAUGCAGGUCAGGAUGCGGUGUUUCAGUGCCUUGGGGAGAGUCUGCUGGACAACGCCUUCUUGGGUUACAACGCCUGCAUCUUUGCUUACGGACAAACAGGUUCUGGGAAGUCCUACACCAUGAUGGGUUCAGCAGAGCAGCCCGGUCUGAUCCCUCGGCUCUCCAGCUCCCUGUUUAGCAGAACUGUGCAGGAGGCUCGUGAGGGGGAGACUUUCACGGUGGAGGUUUCCUACAUGGAGAUUUACAACGAGAAAGUCAGAGACCUUCUCGACCCCAAAGGCAGUCGACAAGCUCUGAGAGUAAGAGAGCACAAAGUUUUGGGGCCUUAUGUUGACGGUCUGUCCCACCUGGCAGUAUCCAGCUACAAGGAUAUCGAGUCUCUGAUGUCAGAAGGAAAUAAGUCUCGCACAGUGGCUGCCACAAAUAUGAACGAAGAGAGCAGCCGAUCCCACGCUGUGUUCAACAUCAUCCUCACACACACACUCAUGGACCUGCAGUCUGGGACGAGCGGAGAGAAGGUGAGCAAGCUGAGUCUGGUGGAUCUUGCUGGAAGUGAGCGGGCAGCAAAAACGGGCUCAGCAGGGGAGAGGCUGAAAGAAGGCAGCAACAUCAACAAGUCCCUCAGCACUCUGGGUUUAGUUAUCUCGGCUUUGGCUGAUCAGGGAGCAGGAAAGAACAAAAGCAAGUUUGUUCCCUACAGAGACUCCGUGCUCACCUGGCUACUCAAGGACAGCCUUGGAGGGAACAGCCGGACCGCCAUGGUGGCAACCAUCAGCCCAGCGGCAGACAAUUACGAUGAAACACUUUCCACCCUGCGUUAUGCUGACCGGGCCAAGAGCAUCAUCAAUCACGCUGUGGUGAACGAGGAUCCAAACGCCAGGAUCAUCCGCGAGCUCCGCGAGGAGGUGGAGAAGCUGAGGGAGCAGCUCACUGAGGCUGAGUCAAUGAAGGCCCCCGAGCUGAAGGAUCGACUGGAGGAAUCAGAGAAGCUCAUCCAAGAGAUGACAGUGACUUGGGAGGAGAAACUCAGGAAGACAGAAGCUAUUGCUCAGGAGCGUCAAAAGCAGCUGGAAAGCCUCGGUAUCUCCCUCCAGUCGUCUGGAAUCAGAGUUGUGGAAGACAAGUGUUUUAUGGUCAACCUAAAUGCUGACCCAGCCCUCAACGAGCUGCUGGUCUACUACCUCAAAGAGCACACCCGUGUGGGCUCGGCCAACUCUCAGGACAUCCAGUUGUGCGGGAUGGCCAUCCAAGCUGAGCACUGCGUCAUUGAUAUCACAGAGACUAACAGUGUAAUGCUUACCCCUCACCAUAAUGCUCGAACAUAUGUAAAUGGUGUGGCAGUUACCAGUCCAGUUCAACUUCAACAUGGUGACAGAAUCCUGUGGGGAAACAACCACUUUUUUAGGAUCAACCUGCCCAGACACAUGGUCCACACAGGAGGCGAGGACGAGGAAGGCGCCCUGGUAAUGAAGACGUGCCCAAAUGCCGAACAGAUUGAAGUGGACUUGGACACAUUUGGUGACGUGUCGAGUGAGCUGACCUCUGGUUACGAGUUUGCCCGGGCCGAAGUUAUGAUGAAAGGCAUGGGCACCAACGACCCCAUGCAGUCCGUUUUGCAGACCCUAGGAAGGCAGUACGAGGAGGAGAAGCGCUGCGCCCUGGAGCGUCAGAGGCUGAUGUACGAGCAGGAGCUGCAGCAGCUCCGCCAGAGACUUACCCCCGAGAAACCCUCCCUCCACAUGGACGCAUCUGGCCUCCCGGUCAGCACCACCACCACUGCCUCUCACAAAAGGAUGCGCCGCUGGAGUGAGGACAGAGAAGCGAUGAUGACUCGCAGCCUGCGGCGUCUGAGGGAACAGAUUGUUCGGGCCAAACUUCUUGCCCAGGAGGCCACCUUCAUCGCUGAGGAGCUCAACAAGAGGACUGAGUAUCUGGUAACUUUGCAGAUACCUGCUGCUAACCUGGAUGCUAACAGGAAGCGUGACGCUGUUCUGAGCGAGCCAGCCAUCCAAGUCCGCCGUAAAGGCAAAGGGAAGCAGAUCUGGGCUUUGGAGAAGAUGGAGAACAGACUGGUGGACAUGAGGGAGCUUUACCAAGAGUGGAAAGACUUUGAUGAGGAUAACCCGGUGAUGCGGUCUUAUUUCAAACGGGCCGACCCCUUCUUUGACGAGCAGGAGAACCACAGCCUGAUUGGUGUGGCCAAUGUUUUCCUGGCCUGCCUCUUCUAUGAUGUAAAACUGACGUAUGCUGUGCCUAUCAUCAACCAAAAGGGAGAGGUGGCAGGUCGGUUGCAUGUGGAGGUGUGGCGAGGUAAAGAGAGCUCUGAAGAUGAAGUCGUUGGACAUCCCAACACACACAGCAGCACAGAUGAAGAUCCUCAGGAGAGCAAACUGGACUGUGUGAUAAAAAUCCUGCAGGCCACCGGUCUUCCACGCCACCUCUCCAACUUCGUCUUUUGUCAGUAUCACUUCUGGGGGCAGGAGGGGCCCGUGUUCACGGCCCCAGAGGUAGCGUCAUCCAGCUCGUCGUCAGCUUCCAGAGACCCUCAGUGUACGGUGGUCUUUGACAGUGCCAAGGAGCUUUCUGUUCUGGUAUCAGAGGACUUUGUGGAGUUCCUAGCUGAGGGAGCAGUGGCUAUUGAAAUCUAUGGCCACAAACAAGCAAAUCACCGCAGGAACCUGGCCUUGUGGGACCUGGGAGUGAUUCAAGCUAAGACUAGAUCCCUGAGAGAGAGGUGGAGUGAAGUGACCAGGCGGAUGGAGCUGUGGGUGCAGCUGAUGGAGCUGAAUGAUGCUGGAGAAUUCACACCUGUUGAAGUUCUUCCUGCCAAAGAUGUCCGUACGGGCGGAAUAUUCCAGCUCAGACAGGGUCAGUCUCAUCGGGUUCGGGUGGAGAUGCGUUCAGUCCCAGACUCGGGCACCAUGCCCCUCAUCACGGCCUCCAUCUUGUCCGUCUCCAUUGGGGAUGUGAAGGUCCAGCAGAUACGCCAUUCCAAAAACGACACCCAAGCAGAUGCUGAUGAAGAGAUGGACAGUUAUCAAGAAGUGGACCUGGAGAGGAUGAGGGAACAAUGGUUGGUCACUCUCACUCAGAGGCAGGAGUAUCUGGACCAGCAGUUACAGAAGAUAGUCUCUAAAGCAGACAAGUCAGAGGAUGAUGUUGAAAGAGAAUCCCAGCUGCUGGAGUGUCGUCUGACCCUCACAGAAGAACGGAAUGCUGUUCUGGUCCCAUCAGCAGGGAGUGGCAUCCCUGGUGCGCCCGUGGAAAGGGUUCCGGUCCCAGGAAUGGAAACGCACAUUCCUGUUCUGUUCCUUGAUCUCAGUGCUGAUGAUUUCCAGUCCUGUCUGACCACUCAGAUGUCUGGGGGGCUUGACGCCCUGCUCAGCGGGGAAAACGAUGAUGACUUCUUUGAACUCCAAAUUGUUAAGAACUAUAAUCAAGAGGUGAAAGUGGAAGCCUCGUGGGACUCAACAAUCCACGAGUGUCCCCAGCUAAGCCGUGUGGCAUCCGCGGACCAGAGGGUGUUCCUGACAGUCCGCACCGUGGUACAGCUAAGCCACCCAGCCCACAUGCAGCUGGUCCUCAGGAAACGCAUCUGCGUCAACGUUGCAGGGCGGCAGGGUUUCGCUCAGAGCCUGCUGAAAAGGAUGUCGCAUCGUAGCACCAUCCCUGGCUCUGGAGUCACCUUUGAAAUAGUUUCAAACAUCCCAGGUGAUAUCCAUGGCCCAGAGGACAGGGAGAUGCUGGCCAGGCUGGCAGCCAGCGCUGAGGAGGACCAGUCAGCUGACAGCGAGGCGGCUAUAGAGAAGUACCUACGCAGCGUCCUGGCCGUGGAGAACAUCCUCACUCUGGAUAGACUCAGACAGGAGGUGGCAGUGAAGGAACAGCUUGCUGUCAAAGGGAAAGCUGCAAGACGUUGCCUGAGCUCACCAAACAUCCACCAGGGCUGGGAGAGUUAUCAGGACCUUUCUGCGGUUCCUCCGCUGUCCAGACGAUCGCUGGCCACCAAUUUUUCCCAGAACCUAAACCCAGAGACUGGUUUUGCUGCAUCUCAUUUCCCUCCAGCCGUACCCAAGCUGCUGAAAUCGUUGCUUCCUGGCGGGAACGAAGACAGUAGAGGCCAGCCACCUGCCCAUCAGCAGAAUUUGCCUCGCAUUGUGGUGCAGUCAUCCAGUUUUGAGGAGGGGGUGUGCAAACACCCACGGCUGGUUCCUAUCGAAGAACUCCUUCCUGCCGACAUUCAAACUGAGACCCCCCGAUCUGUCUCCCUCCCGCCACCAAUCAUCCCAGAGAGUGAGGAGUUCACCUCCAGCCCAGCGAGCGACGCAUCCAGCGGUUACAUGUCAACUAGUGUAUCUACAAUGACACUGUCAGACGUCUACACGCUGAGCUGGGAUCUUCCCCCCUCAUCCAGCAGCAAGGCCACUCUCUUUGAGGAAGCGCUCAAUGGAAAGGAAGGGGAAGAUAAAGAGACAAACAAGCUCUCUUCAGACCAGUCAGAUCCUCGCGAUUCAUUGGACAAGAAGGUGGCUGAGAGAAAAGAGCAACUGCCAGAUCUAUCUCAGAAUCAACAAGGGCUCGAUCCGGCUGUGGUCAAAACUGAUCACACCGGAACAAAAAUAUCUCAUGUUUCAGAUAUGCACAUUGAUUCAUGCGGAGAACAAGGAAAAGCACCCAAACACUCAGAGUCUCUGCAAACACUCCAUUCCAAAACGGAAAGUUCUCAGAGAGAAAACCUUAAAACAGACAAAGAGAGCCAGCUGUCACUUCACACUGAAAGAGAAGAACCUGACCAUGAAGGUGAUCACAAGAAGGGGCCAGCUGUUCCACAGCAGGCUAGUCCAAUCCUGCCCAAAGCUUUAGAGCCAAACAGGGACUAUGACAAAACAUCCGCUUCAGAUACAUCAGCCCCAAACGGCACAUCCCCCUCAGAUGCGGCAGAGGUCCAGCAGGUGUCCCAUUCUCCCAAAGCUGACGAUGCUCCUCAGUCUUCCGAAUCCAGCUCACCGGCAGGAAACCCAUUUAAGAUCCAGAGGGUAAAGUCCUCUGACCUCAAAUCUUUUCAGCAGAUUGUGGGUGAGGAGGGCAUUAAGCCUACACAGGUGGACAGAACCAGCAGCCUCGGGGCUGGACUCAACCUCUCUGUGCCAUCAGAGAGCCUGGAAAUGAUAUCAGACUCUGAAGAGGGAGACGAGGCCGCCUCUGCAGUUCUCCCAGAUUGGCUGAAAGAGGGGGAGUUUGUAUCUGUUGGGGCUAAUAAAAGCGGCACAGUGCGGUACAUUGGCCCCACAGACUUCGCAAAGGGUACUUGGAUUGGAGUUGAACUGGAGAUCCCAGCAGGAAAGAAUGACGGCUCUGUGGGUGGGAAGCACUACUUCCACUGCAACCCAGGUUACGGGGUGCUGGUAAAACCCGACAGGGUAACCCGUGGUGUUGCCAAACUACGCCGCCAGCAGCAGAAGCGUAGAAGUGCCAACCUGUCGGGGUCCAGUCCAAACCUUGCAGCUCUCACUGCUCUGGCCAAAGGUGAGGCGGGAGCAGCCAGCCGCAGCAAAAGAGAAAACCGGAAGUCAUGGAACCCCUGAAAGGGCUCAUUUUUGUGCACUCAGGAAUGUCUUCAUCAGAUUUUUGAUUUUGUUGAAGCUUUAUGUGAAUGCGCACCAUCUCAUCUUGAUCUGCUAAAAACUACUGAGAAAACUACUACUAAAACAGAGAAAACUACUGAUCAGUUGAAUAUUUAAUCACACAAUGUGAAUGUGAAGAUCUACAAAACAUCAGCUUCUCUCUAACAACUUCUGCAUUUUUAAACAUAUUUAUUUUUGUUCAAAUUUCUUUUAAAACCUGAACACAAGAUUAUCUAUUCCAUUGAAAUCCAUUAUCCUUUGAAAUUUUGCACACAGCCAAACCCAGCUGACUUAUUCCAGCACUAAUGCAUCACUUUGAUUUGCUCAAUUUCUUUUAAGUUGGUUUCCCAUUUGUGAACUGAAUCCUCUUCAUGUGAUCAAAUGUUGUUUUUUAACUAUGCCUUGAAAGAUGAGAAUUGUUGCUCAGCACGUGCCUUAACACCAAAUUUGAUCAAAUUGGUAAGAUAAGUCUUCUUCAGGGGCUCUUGAAUGUGUUGUUUUUUCUUCUUUUUUGAAUCUGUUUAAAUGUGCACAAUUCUCCAAUCAUCCAACACUGUUAAUAGCUUUUUGUGUGCGUAAAUGCUGAUGGGUACGUUUUUAUGUAACUUUGUAAGACCUUGAUUUUGGUGAGUUGUAUGACUUUUAUUGAUUCUUUUAAGGAACUUGGCAGACGUUGUUAUGCAAAUAAAAUGUUCCAAAUGUAUUUUAUACAUUUGAGCUGAUCAUUUUUUACCUUCUGAAUGCCUGUUUAUUUAAAAAAUAAAGCUGUUUAAUAAUAAUGCUGUUUAAAAAGUGAAGACUGUGG